AUGCACAACACACCAAGCAAGACCGCCUCUUCGAAAUCUAGCUUUUACGAGAAAGCGGUUCGCUAUAUCCUCGACUCUGACGCAUCGUCAGACCAAAGCGAGGAAGAAAUCUAUCUACUUGGUCUGUCUUAUGAUGGAUCCAGAACGUCGACUGAGCCUGAACAACCUCAAUGGCCAGCACAAUUUUAUUCCGACUUCCGGAGUAGGAUAUGGUGCACUUAUCGCAAAGACUUUGAGCCAAUUCAGGGUGGAGGUUCCCAGCAAUGGACGAGUGAUACGGGCUGGGGUUGUAUGAUCCGUACAGGCCAGAGUUUGCUAGCCAACUCACUACAAACCGUCCACGUUGGCAGAGACUGGAGACGAACAACAUCCCCACCUCGAGCGUCAUUCUUUCUUCCGACUCCUAACAGCUCACCGAAGAACACUCACCGGCGCAAACCGUCGAUUCCUUCCCCGCCUUCCCUCGCUCCAACAGAAGACACGGAAGAUCAUGCGACUUACGUCCGGCUGCUUACCUGGUUUUUCGACUCUCCCAAGGCCCCAUUCAGUAUUCACCGACUGUGUCUCUCAGGGCAAGAGCUUGGGACCCAUGUGGGGGAGUGGUUUGGCCCAAGCGUUGCGGCCCAUGCUAUCGCCAGUGCCGUCAAAUCGUACCCUGCUUGCGGAUUGGGUGUCUCCUUGGCUGUGGAUGGCGUUUUCUAUCAGUCAUCUAUAUUCGAAGCGUCGAAUCCCGCUGAGAACGACGGUAUUUGCAGCUGGGGAGCUCGCCCUGUUCUGCUUCUACUUGGCCUGAGACUGGGUCUUGACGGUGUGAACCCCAUUUACUUUAGCACCAUUAAGCAAUUAUUAUCUUGGCCGCAAUCUGCUGGUAUUGCGGGUGGUCGGCCUUCUUCUUCAUUAUAUUUUGUUGGCAGCCAAGGAGACAACUUGUUCUAUCUGGAUCCUCAUCAUACGCGGUCCGCAAUACCACUACGGUCAGACACCAUGGACCCCGUCGCGCAGUCUCACGCAACCGCAACCGCAUACUCUCCGACUGAACUUCACAGUUACCAUUGUGAUAAAGUUCGCAAAAUGCCCAUUAGCAGUCUUGAUCCAAGCAUGCUUGUUGGAUUUUUAGUUCAAGAUGGACAAUCGUGGACAGAUUUCCGACGCCGUGUCUCAGAGCUUCCACGCGCAAUAUUUUCUGUGCAAGAUGAACCACCCGCGUGGCCUACCGGAGACCUUUCUGGAGACGAGGAUGACGGCCUCGCACUUGAAAGUGUUACUAGUACCAGUUCUCAAGACGCUGUCAACCCCAAUUCCGACACGUCUUCAUCGAAUCCACUGUCCUCCAAAGACACACCAUCAAAUAGUAAAGCUAGAUCCUCCUUCAUCAUGGAGGGGCUUCGCAAUAAACUUCGUUCAUUCGGACGCAGUCGAACCUCUCUGUCAAUGGGAGAAGGCGAACCAAGCAAAUGA